GUUCAGGUCCAGGUCCAGGUCCAGGUCCAGGUCCAGGUCCAGGUCCAGGUCCAGGUCCAGGUUCAGUUCCAGGAUGAAGAUUUACUUCUGUGGAAGUAUCCGCGGCGGAAGAGAAGAUGUUGAUCUUUACGUGAAGAUCGUGAAGAACCUGAAGAGCCGCGGAGACGUGUUGACAGAACACGUGAGCAACACACAGCUCACACACACAGGGGAGGCCGGCUCGGCAGCAGCUGAUAGGCUGAUCCACGACCGAGACGUUGAUUGGCUGCGACAGUGCGACGUGGUGGUGGCCGAGGUCACGCAGCCGUCUCUGGGGGUCGGCUACGAACUGGGCCGAGUCGUCGACAUGAAGAAAAGAACCUUGUGUCUGUUCAGGCCGUCAUCAGGACGCGUUCUGUCGGCCAUGAUCCGCGGCGCGGCGGACGGCGAGCGCUUCGUGGUGAGCGACUACACUGAGGACGAGCUGGAGAAGGUUCUGGACCAGUUCUUCAACACGUUGACAAGAACCUGAAGAACCUCUGUUCACACUGUUCACCACAAAAACAUCAAUAAAGUUUACUGAAUCA